UCUUAGAGAAUAAAAAUUCAUAAUUCGGCUCACCGGAAUAAUAAACAAAAAGUUAGAGAGGGAGAGAGAGAGGGAUUCAUAAUCAUCAAACCCACACUCACAAAUCCUUAAAUCGUACGGAUCUCUCUCUUUCAUAUCUUAAUUUUUUCUUCUCUUCAUCUUCAUCGAUCUGAGAUUUUAGGUUUUUCAUCUGCUUGAAGAGUUGAGAUAAAGAAAGAAACUAUUUUUGUAGCCUGAAAAUGGCGUCAGUGGGUAUAGCUCCUAUUCCCGGGGCAAGAGACUCUACUACUACUGCACAUGCUGCUACUGGUGUUGAGAAAUUGCCUGAGGAAAUGAAUGACAUGAAAAUUCGAGACGAUAAAGAAAUGGAAGCGACGGUUGUAGAUGGAAAUGGGACUGAGACUGGUCACAUCAUAGUCACUACCAUUGGUGGAAGAAACGGCCAACCAAAACAGACGAUCAGCUACAUGGCGGAACGUGUUGUUGGACAUGGAUCUUUUGGUGUUGUGUUCCAAGCGAAAUGUCUUGAGACAGGAGAAACUGUUGCGAUAAAGAAAGUUCUACAAGAUAGGAGGUACAAGAACCGUGAGCUUCAAACCAUGAGGCUACUUGACCAUCCAAAUGUUGUGUCUCUCAAACACUGCUUCUUCUCAACCACUGAAAAAGAUGAGCUUUACCUCAAUCUUGUUCUUGAAUACGUUCCAGAAACUGUUCAUCGGGUUAUCAAACAUUACAACAAACUGAAUCAGAGAAUGCCUCUCAUAUACGUCAAACUUUACACAUAUCAGAUUUUUAGGGCUUUAUCUUACAUUCACCGGUGCAUUGGUGUGUGUCAUCGCGACAUAAAACCUCAAAACUUGUUGGUAAAUCCACAAACUCACCAAGUAAAACUAUGCGACUUUGGAAGUGCAAAAGUAUUGGUAAAAGGAGAGCCAAACAUCUCCUACAUUUGCUCGAGGUAUUACAGAGCUCCUGAACUUAUUUUUGGAGCAACUGAGUAUACGACAGCCAUUGACGUCUGGUCUGCAGGAUGUGUUCUUGCUGAACUCUUGCUUGGACAGCCCUUAUUCCCGGGUGAGAGUGGUGUUGAUCAACUUGUAGAGAUAAUCAAGGUCUUGGGAACGCCUACCAGGGAAGAAAUCAAGUGCAUGAACCCUAACUACACGGAAUUCAAAUUCCCUCAGAUUAAAGCUCAUCCAUGGCACAAGAUUUUCCACAAACGCAUGCCUCCGGAAGCUGUUGAUUUGGUCUCAAGACUUCUUCAAUACUCUCCUAAUCUACGAAGUGCCGCUCUUGACACAUUGGUCCACCCAUUCUUUGAUGAGCUAAGAGAUCCAAACGCACGUCUGCCUAAUGGACGUUUCCUUCCACCGCUUUUCAACUUCAAGCCUCACGAGCUGAAAGGUGUACCCGUGGAGAUGGUAGCUAAGUUAGUACCUGAGCAUGCGAGGAAGCAGUGCCCUUGGCUUGGUUUGUGAAAAACCCUAAAAUGUAGCAUGAACGAACACAACACUUCUAUAAAUCGGCCUCUCUCCUCUCCCUCUCCCUCUCUAUGUAUCAAUAUGUCACGAUCUGAUAUGUAUCCCUUUGUUUGUUGUAUGAGUAGAGAAAAAUAAAAAGAGUUAUUACAGUACUAUGCUUGGUCGGUUGGUUUAUAAUGUAACAGCCCACCAGGGAUUUUUUUCUAUCUAGAGUUUCGUACUUGUAUGCUUUUGUAUCGUUCUUCUUUCAUCUGCAACAUCAAACCUAGUAGUCUA